GCCCCCAUAUGGUCUAGUGAACACCUAAUUACUUCACAUGUCAAAGACUAUCGAAGUUCACAUGACCAACUUUUUGGUUGCUCUUGUUACUUGUUCCAGGCCCUGGAGACCGAUUUCACGUUAGUGAUGAUAACAGAACGGCUGCAUGAGUCUCUGGUGUUACUGAAGCGACUGAUGUGCUGGAGACUACAGGACAUCCUCUACUGGCCGUGCCAGGACCCUGACUACUCUCUUAGACUGGACAACAACCCCGACAGCCGAGCCAAACACAGGAAAUGGAGCUCAGCAGACUACAUGCUGUAUGAACAUUUCAACAAAACACUGCAACGCAAAAUCUCCAAACAAGGGAAGGACUUUAUGGAUGAGGUCAGCCAUUUUACAACAGUCCUCAGUGAUGUAUGUGAGUACUGCCAGUCUAACCAGAAGACUUACUUGGUGGUGGCGGCUUCUCUGUGGAACCAGGAGUUUGUCUUGUCUCGAGACUACUGCAGGAGGAUGAAGAUGAACACUCAACAGUACCUCAACGUCUUCAAGACGUCUUAUCAGAACCUCUGGCCAGGAACACAAUGAAGAAACUUUGCCCCAUCUAGCUCGUCAGAACCUAACUGAUAUUUUCUCAGGAGGUGGAGUCUGUGGAUCCAAUUGGCAUCAAAUCCAUUGCUGGGUGAAUCCAAAUUUGCAAAGCCUGAUAUAAGCUGGGUCUGGAUACCUUUAUGUAGUUUUGAGUACUAGUAUGAAGUUUACAUUAUGGGCAUCAAUGGCUGUCAGAAGUGACAGAUCAUGACAAUCAAUUUCCAAGCAACUGGUCCUAGAUUUCAACAGAAACAGUCAUUGACCAGACUGUGUUCAUCA